AUGCUCAAACUUUUGCCAUUGCUGGCACGCCUGGACUCGACUGCCCUAAAGCAACCCAAAGAACUCUUUUCCUACAGCAGAGAUGAAAGCGGCGAAUGGAAUAUUGAUGAGCACGUGAGCAAAGACGAAGCCCUCAGUUACUAUUACUUCCCCGAUUCCUAUGUGGAUCAGCAUAUGGAUCUUCAGGCGGGAUUCAAGUCAUUUCGCAAGAUUCCCGAGGAGCAGAACAAGGCACAUUUCCCGCUGCUUCUUGCGGCCCUCCAACAGCACGAACAGAAGACAGGUAAGAAAGUCGCAGUUGACAUCAUCACUUUCAGAGGAAUUAUGACCAAGUUGCUAACACUCCCUUACAACAACAACAAUGGAUUCCGCUUGCACGUGCUUGCCUUUGACGGCCAGCUUUUCAUACGUAACGACGACGAUUUCGACUUACAAGCGCGCCAGAAGGAACGCGAGGCUCUUUCACCUGAUCGACAACGUUACCUCGAUUUGUGUGAGUAUGGUGGAUACAAGUUUGAGGCUUUGGCUACGCUUCCUAAGCCAUGGGCGCAAUGCAACCGGAGCACGAUCGAAAAGAGGACGAAAAAGACGGUUUCGAGCUAUGAACAGUACAUCAGCGUGGUGAGGACAGGUAUAGGAAAGAUCAAGACGCUUUUGGCAGGCGAGGUUGAUUGCAUCUGGGACUAUGUCCCGACUGAAAAGGGGGAUAGCAUUCUUAGUCAUUAUGCGGAAUUGAAAACGAGUCGGGUUGUCGAAACUCCACAAAAUGCUUCGGCCUUUGAAAAGAAACUUUUCCGUACGUGGGCGCAAUGCUUUUUACUUGGGAUCACAAGGAUUGUCUACGGAUUUCGUGAUGAUCAACAUAUAUUGACUGAUGUUGAAGUGUAUAAUACAGAGGAGGUACCUCUUGUGCUUAAAGAGAAGCGCAUAGUUUGUGUUGAUGCCUUGAAAUGGUAUGGAGCUGUAUUGGAAUGGCUUCGACUGAAUGUGGACCCAUCCGACGAACUGACAACCUACACAGUGACAUAUGACCCAGGACUGCGCAGUUUCCUGUUGGCUGAAUGUAUUGGCGACGAUGGGCGUCGUGUGAGAAAGGAAAUUUUGACUGAUGAAUUUUGCGGAUGGCGGGAACAGCUCAGACUGAAGUAA